UGAGGAGUGCGCAGGCGCAGUGCGCAGCUCGACCCGGGCCUGCAGUAGUGGAGCGAUCAGCUCGUCAUGGCGCGGUUCAGUGUGUUCUCGCUCUCUAUCUCGCUGUUGUUUGUGGUUCAUUCCGUCGUGUCGAUCUCGUUUUACCUGCCGGUGCGCAGCAGAAAGUGUUUGCGGGAGGAGAUCCAUAAAGACGUGCUCGUUACCGGAGAAUACGAGAUCAGCGAGCAGCCGAACACGAAAACCAACCUGAAGAUCACAGACUCCUCUGGACACAUCCUCUAUGUGAAAGAAGAUGCAACCAAGGGCAAGUUUGCCUUCACCACAGAAGACUACGACAUGUUUGAGGUGUGCUUCGAGAGCAAGUCGCCUAUGGGAACUGGAAGAGUUCCUGACCAACAGAUCAACUUGGACAUGAAGCAUGGUGUUGAGGCCAAAAAUUAUGAAGAGAUUGCCAAGGUAGAGAAACUGAAGCCCCUGGAGGUGGAGCUCCGUCGGCUGGAGGAUCUCUCCGAAUCUAUCGUCAAUGACUUCGCCUACAUGAAGAAGAGAGAGGAGGAGAUGAGAGAUACUAAUGAGUCCACCAACACACGCGUGCUGUACUUCAGCAUCUUCUCGAUGUGCUGUCUGAUCGGCCUGGCCACGUGGCAGGUCUUCUACCUGCGCCGUUUCUUCAAGGCCAAGAAGCUCAUUGAGUAAAAUCUGCCUGUACAAUCAGGGACCCAGAACUACUUCCUGACACCAGAACCUCCGGCCCCUGACAUUUGCUUUGCCUCGGCGAUCCGUUCUGGUCGCCACAGCCGACCUGAAGUUUAUCGGGAGUGGACGUGCAUCAGGGAAUUCUCUGGGAAGCGAUUGAUCCUUGACGGCCAAAUUGUCUUUCAGUGCGUGUACAUUUUUGAUACAAGCUUGCUCGGUAUCAUUUGGAAAAAAAACACCCAAUCUUUCAAAUUUUUUUUUUUUUUGUAUUUAUGCUAAAUGACAGCACAAGCCCCAAUAAUUGAUAAAAGAUGCGCUCCUGUGAGAGAAACGUUGUGGUCAUCUGUCUGUCAUUGAAUGUGUGUGUUAAUAGAAUGAUUGUGUCAGCCUUAAGUUUUCAUAAACUGAUGUGUUUAGCUAUCUUUCAAACACGAGUAGAAAGACUUGUUUGAAAAUGCAAAGCCAUUUUGUUAAAAUGAAGUCCCACUCACUGCAAGUGAACCGAGCGAACGCACAUCAGAGCUUCAAGCUGACAUAUAACAUUCUGACUCUAAUUUUUAUUUUGGUGGGCAGAAUCUCAUUUAAGUUUGUUCAUGGGAAAGCCUGAGUUGAUCUGUAAUUAAAGUCUUUAUUUGUUGAUUGUUAGUUAGUUUCUCCACAGACUGAAUAAAUGUUCGAUCCAGCAGGACUCCUGCAGUGGGCUUGAGGUUAAAGGUGUGUAACGCCAUUAUUGCUGCCCCAUCCAUUCUGGUGUCUUUAAUGGUUUGAUUUGUUAAAUCUACCCAUAAUUGACAGAUCAAACUGGACUUUUAGUUUAGGGUUUUCUCUUCUUUUCAAAUGCUUUUAUGGAAUAGUGGUUACACGCGUCCUGGGUGAAAGGUUUGGAUCAGAUUUAUUAUUAUUAUUAUUUGCUACCAGUGGUUUAAUUCUUUGCUCCAGUGUUCAAUCUUUUUCAGCAGCAAUGUUUUACAUCUGAUUAAUUUUGGUGAAAGUGGAUUUCAGAAAUAUAAUUGGCUUGUCAUUCAAUAAAAAUUGUUAGAAAAUAA